GACUCAGAUCACCCUCCUUGGAAAUUGCGACCCAUAACUCCAAAAGUCGAACUUUGUCAUGGCUCCGGUUCUAUAAUUUCAUGAGUAAAAAUUCAAGUAGACCGAAACUAAAUACCUUGAAUUCGGUGGAUUAACAAAAAUCAAAGAGUGCCACGCAAUCGCCUAAACUUGAUACAAUGAGUUCUGGUCGGCCUAUCAAAUGUGUCGUAGUAGGAGAUGGAACUGUUGGAAAGACCUGUAAACUCAUUUCCUAUACCACUGACAGUUUUCCUGGUGAAUAUGUACCUACCGUAUUUGACAAUUACUCUGCCCCUAUGGUAGUGGAUGGUAUACCAGUCAGCCUAGGGCUUUGGGAUACUGCUGGUCAGGAAGACUAUGACAGACUGCGGCCUCUCUCUUAUCCACAGACUGAUGUAUUCUUAAUCUGCUUUUCUGUAACAAGUCCUUCAUCUUUUGAAAAUGUUACCAGCAAGUGGUAUCCUGAGAUUAAACAUCACUGCCCUGAUGCCCCAAUGAUUCUUGUUGGAACUAAAAUUGAUUUACGAGAUGAUCGAGAAACUUUAACGGCAUUAGCUGAACAAGGGCUCAGUGCCAUCAAACGUGAACAAGGACAGAAAUUAGCCAACAAGAUCCGAGCAGUAAAGUACAUGGAGUGCUCAGCACUGACACAACGUGGUCUGAAACAAGUAUUUGACGAAGCUGUUCGUGCAGUUUUACGACCAGAGCCACAAAAACGUCGACAACGAAGGUGCAGUAUGCUUUAAACAUAUUGAGAUAACCCCAGAACAAAGAACGAUAUAGAAAAUGCUGAGAGACACGGAACGGUUCAGAAAUUUUAUUGCUUAGUAAGUCGGCUCAGUUGACUUCACAAGUUCAAGUAAUCCAAAAAACUAUAUCGAUUCGGCAGCUAUAACUUUGCUUAUCUCAGGUAUUCAACUUCCCAGUUUUGUGGCACCUGCAAUCUCUGCAGGUUUUGAAGCAUUAGUCAUAGUUUAUGCUGAGAAUAAGCCUUGUAUUAAAAGACUUUUGUAACGGUUUCAAUUCCACUUUCUGGCUGAAUUUGAAAACUUAACAGUGAGAUUAAAUCUUGACAUUUUGGCAAAGUACUAAUUCUAAGAACUGGUCAUUCAUUAUAUUUUAACUAUGAAUCUUUCUGAGCUAUUUCGAUUCUGGCUGCUGAAAUUAUCGCCUUUAUAAUUUUAAAUUUACUUUAUUCAUUAUUUGACCAAAACAAAUCUUUAUACAUAUUUGUUUAUUCUAAAUACUGCUAAUUAUUUCUCUGCUGAAAUAUUAGUUUUUGGAUUUGGAAAGUGUGAAUAGAGGUCAAUACUAUGGUUGUUUGGACCUGCCAGACAACUUUUUCGAGUUGCAACAGCCAUAGUUAAACUACGGAAACUAUAUUAUGUUAUUCGAAUCGACGAAAAACUAAAAUAAAUCGGUGGUAGCUAUUCAAUAUUAGCGAGAUUUUGUGUUAAGUACGUAUGUGUCAGUAGAUGGUGCCAUAGCAACUGAAAAUCAAACAGACCAUAAAAUUAAAUAGACAGUGGGUUUGAAAUUAAGACAACACAUUGCCGUUUUGUAUUAUAAACUGAGGAACGGCAUGCCAUAGACGUAUGCAGAAAGUAAUUUCAAAGUAACGAAUCAAGCAACGAGUUUAAACUCUCAAUAAGUGUCAUCAUUAAUAGAUACAUGUUUCUCUGUUAUUUAACUCCUAUCAUUAUAAUGACCAUAUGCCAAUCUUCAGCAAUAUGAUCAAACCAGUUACAUAUAUAUAUAUAUAUUGUCUAUGAUUUCAAUUCUCAUUCGAACAGGUAUCAUUGGAAACAAAAAACAUUCAAUCUUUUUUUACCACUUGUCAUAUCAACUACGAGUCAAGUCUAUCCAAACGCGAGAUGCCUAUUGCAUACACAGAUUUCUGAUUUUAGACAAUUUUCACAAAUUGGGUAACUUUUGAAACUCUGCUGGUCUAUGUUUACCAUAACAGAAUCUCAAUAUUCAUUUCUCCUGCAAAAAAAAGAAGUAUUAAGUCAGACAAUAGUGAAAAGUAAGAGCAACUCAAAAAGUCUGACUAAACAAUCUUCUGUUUUGGCGCACAAUUAUCUCUGAAUGAUUGUUCGAUAAUAUAAAAGUAAUAACAGGUAUUUAGAAAAUUCAGCUGUGUUUAUGUUCGUUGAAUUUUUAUUCACAUUUUUGAUAAUUCCCUAUAGGAUUAGGCAUUUUAUGCUCUCUCAAACCCACACCUCAAAGUAAUAUUACUGAACAAAACCUAAACUAGUUUUUAAACAUGCUAUUUUUUUAUAUUUAUCUUAAAAGGCAUAGGCCUGAAGCGUAAUGCAGUCGUGCCAUGUACUUUGGAUUACACAUAGAACAACGUAUGCCAUUUUAAAUGAAUAUUCCCAACUAAAGUCAAAUGAAAUGCAAAGUAAAUGAAUCGAAAAAAAAAAUAAUUAUAAAAAUAAUAAUAAUGAUAAUGAUAAUUCGAAAGCAAACCAAAAAUAAAGUAUCAUAUAUAUUGUAGUAGGUAAGGUUGAACUAACAGGGCAAAUUGCUGCUUGCUAGAUGUAUAUAAUGUAGCAUAGGAUGAACUUACUAAAAAAAGGGCAGUCUGUGGUAAUUUUUCUACUAUUUAAUUUCAAUCAAAAUAUUAUGCUUGCACAUAAUAUCAUUAACAAUUACUGAUCAAUUAUUUAUGCAUUUCAUUUAAUUAUACCAGACAUAGUUACAGGCUCAUCAACAUUCUCAGUAGAUUCCUAAGUAUUGAAGAGAUAUGUAACUUGUUGAAAUUUUUUUAUCUGUAAAAUCAGAUCAUAAUUCUCACGCCAUGAGUUUGUAACGUUCUGGUAUAGUUAUAAAAAGAAUAAAAGAAGAGAAGAAUAUAAUUCUAUGUGUUUUUAACAAUUGAAAGAGUUAAAUGUUUGAAACUAAUAAUGAUUUAAUAUUCUCAUUAAGUUGCGCCUAACUUUUAAUAGAAAAGGAAAAACAAUAAUGGAUUGCAUCUAUUGUAAGUGGUGAAUUUUUCUUUAGCCCUUUUGCUAUACCCAUCAUGUAAUUUCAUAAGACAAAGGGAACGAAAUUAGCGCAUUAAAUAUCUCCCUACUGUUUUCUUAUUUAUGACAAGGUUUGUGAAAGCUAAUAUAUCAUAGAUUAUAGGACUAAUUUUAUUUUUAAGAUCUCCCUGAAAAAAAUUAACUUAUUUUGAUAUAUAAACUAAAAAUAGAAUGUGUAAAGUAAAUCAAAAGAUCAUUAGAAUGAAAUGAAACAAUGGAAGUUGUCUGAUAGCAUUUGACAAAAUACCUAAUAUGUGGUUCAUUUUAUCAUAGCAUUUUUGAUGCGUUUAAUUAUAGAUCGUAUGAUGCUAGUUUUUUUUUCAAACAAUUAAUCACGAGUGCAUGUGUGAAUAUAGAUUUACUAACACCCUAUAAUUUCAUCUUCAACCCAGUUUAAUUCAACAUUGAAUGUCAUAAAAAUUUCAAGACUUACAGUAUUUGGGAUAUUUGUACGAAAAUUAUUACGUAAGAGUUAAUGAAUGCGAUUAUUAGAAUUAUAUACAUGAGAGAGAUUCAAAAGUGCGAAAAUGAUAUUAUGAUUAAAAAUUUUUCUGUAUGUGCCUCGCUUGUUAGUUUCAUAUUGCUAAAUAAUUGGUGAUUUAUUAACAGCAUUCAAUCCGAAAUGAUCAUUUAAUUUUUAACACAGCCAGUAUGUUAUACACCUAUUUAUACAUGUACGUAAUAAGAAUAAGAAACGAAUAUUAUAGUUGCGAAUAAUUUCUUCACAUAAUUUGCGCACAUAAUUAAGGAGAAUAAAGUAGUACAUUCCGCCAUACCCAUGAUCCCGACAUAUUAUGAUUUUCCGACAUCAUCGGCAUUGUGGAAAAUGUUAGUGUAAAAGAGCAAAAAAGUAAAAUAAUGAAAGAGAGAACGAAAUGGAAAAUCGUGAGGAAAGAAUUGACAUGUUGCCUCAUCAAAUUAUUCACAACUUCCCAAACGAAAAAUACUACGCCCAGAUAAUGCAAUUAAUGGAAUUGCUUUAACAAUAGAUUUUGUAUGACUUUACUCAAUACAGAGUGCUGUAAACCAAAGUUUAAUAAACGAUUUAUUACAACCUA